GCCAGCGGACACUGUCUCUGUUUUCACUCCCUCAGAAGAACCCUAACAUUAGGGUUCUCGCGCUCUCUCUUCCUCUCUCAGCUAUUGAUGAUUGCAAGAUGGUAUUAUCCAAUAAGAAGCUAAAGCAGAAACUGAGAGCAGAAUUAGCACAAUCUUUGGCGACAUCGGUGAAAGGAAUUGACCCUAAUGCGAACGGAAACACGACUUUAGUUGCGAAUCAACAAAAUCAGUCUCUAAAAGAGCUUCUGGAUUCUGUUAUCCAUAAACCUAGAUUGUCAAAAAGAGAGAAAAGAAGAAACAACCUGUCAUUCGAGGGUUCAGAGAGCUCAGAUGCCGUAGAAAAGAGAAAGAGGAGGAAAGUUGAGGAAGAGAGCGAAGAGAAUAAGGAAGUUGUGAUUGUGAGUGUUGGCGAAAAUGGUGAGAACGGAGGCGAGGAAGAGGAAGGGGAGAAGAAGAAGAAGAGGCAGAAGAGAAAGAGAGGUAUCAUGGAGUGUGAAGAGUUGAGUGGAGAUGGAGGAGGAGAAGGUGGUGUGAAGGAAGCAAAGAAAUCAAACAAGAAGAAGAGAAAAAAGGAGAAAAAUAAGAAGAAGAAGAAGAAACAAGAAAAGAUUAAGGAAGAUAAGAUUGGAAGUGAAGAGCAGGGGAUUGCAGAGACCAAUGACGACAUGAAUAGUGAGACUGAUGGAGUAGUUCCUACAAAGGUUUAUGUUGGUGGCAUACCAUAUUACUAUAGCGAGGAUGAUAUUCGAAGUUACUUUAAAGGCUGUGGCACCGUAACUGAACUUGAAUGUAAGAUGCGGUCAGAAGAUGGCAGGUUCACAGGAAUUUCCUUUAUCACCUUUCAGACUGAAGAUGCUGCAAAACGAGCCUUGGCUCUUGAUAGAGCUGCGAUGGGUGAAAGGUUUCUGACAAUUCUACAAUACCGGAAACCUCAACUGAAAAAAUCAUCCGAUUUCGCCCCAGAAAUGGUGGACGGCUACAACAGGAUUUAUGUUGGAAAUUUAUCGUGGGACAUGACUGAGGAUGACCUAAGAAAAUUUUUCUCAGACUGCAGCAUAACAUCCAUACGCUUUGGUCUGGACAAGGAAACAGGGGCCUUUCGUGGUUAUGCACAUGUAGAUUUCAAGGACAGUUUCUCAAUGGUGAUGGCAUUGAAGUUGAACCAGGAGAUUUUAUGUGGUAGACCGGUCAAGAUAAGUUGUGCGGUUCCCCAGAAAGGUGCAAACACACAUUCAAGAUCUAUGCCAACAAAAAGUACAGCAAGUGCAAAAUCUGAGCCGGCAGAUGCUGUAGCAAGUUCGGAAGCUGACCCUCCAAGUAGCAGAACCGAGAAUGGUGGAGCUGAUAAUGGCAAUCCAACACCCACCGAUGGUGGAGCUGAUAAUGGCAAUCCAAUGCCCACCAGUGGUAAAAUCAGGAGAAGGACAUGCUACGAGUGUGGACAGAAAGGACAUCUUUCUUCAGCAUGCCCGAAUAAGCAAACUGCUGAUGCAACAAAUUCUGGUGAAACUUGAACGGGGAUGCAAGGUUCUACCAUGCAUUGAGCUUUCCAAAAUCAAUUUGAUGCUUCACAACUGUGUUUCUCAAAAGAUUUACGGUAAACAUGUUGGUUGUCUGCUUUCAGAGACAAUUAGAAGUGGUUUCCCUUCUGGAUCCAUCUUCAAAAAUUUUGUUCCUAAUCUAGUUGCUUCGGAUGCAACCUUGAGAAAGUUGAAAUUAUUAUUUUAUAGGGACUUCCCAUUUGUGUAAUCCAUUGAACCCUACUGGUUUUCUGUAAAAGAAAAAGAGAAUAAAUCUUUAUCAAUGAAUCUAAACAAGAACUGGUGCAAGCAAA